UGGUGCGAACAGUCCUGCAUGAACAUGCUUUGAGCGAAGUUAGCAAAUGAUAAAUUGAGUAUUUAUUUAGUUUUUAAAAGGAUUUUGGAUGGCCAAAGCGUAAACUGUAUCUUUCUUUACUUACGAACCCGUUUACGCUGAAAUGUUAGCCAGCGUCUUACUUAUUCUGUCGUAGUUAGCAGCAGCCCAUGGAUUUACUUAGCUAGCAUCUAACCGUGAGCUCGUCAUUCGUCUCCGACUUGUGGAGUGAAAGCAGGGUCGUUUCUGGACCUCCAAGAGCGAAGAGACCAUGGCCAACCUGGAGCAGUGGGUCAACGACCGCCUCCACGACAUCCUGGGCCUGAGUGACCGUUAUGUGGCCCAGUUCAUGAUAGGCACGGCCCGCAAGGCAUCCAGCUCUCAGGACUUUGUGGCCCGACUCCAGCAGACGGGUACCAUCGACAUCAACCAGACUGUGACCACCUUUGCACAGGAGCUGUUUGAGAAGAUUCCUCGUCAGCAGGUUGUGGAGAAAGCCUCCCGGGUGAUGGAGCGUCAGGCCAUCGAAAUGGAGAGGAAAAACCGCACGUACACCUUGCUGGAGGACAGCAACAGCGAUGAGGACGCCGGCAGCAGAGAUAAGCAGCCGGGGAAGAAGAAAAAUAAAGCCAAGGACAGAGCGAGCAAGAGGAAGCACAUCAGACAGAAGAAGGAGAGCGAGUCGUCCAGUGAGGAAGAAGUGCCUAUAAGGGGUAAGAUAAGCCAGGGGAACAAUGCAACGAUCAAAAAAGAGGAGGAGGAGGAGGAAGAAGAGUGGGAGAAGGAGGAGCGUGAGCGACUGCACGACAUCGAGGAAAGAGACGCUUUUGCCGAGCGGGUGAAGCUGAGAGACAAAGACAAGACGCGCAACAUAGCGGAGAGGACCGACAAAAAGGCUUAUGAGGAGGCGCAGAAGCGACUAAAGCUAGCCGAGGACGAUCAAAGGAAUAUGUUGCCCGAGCUGAGGAAGCAGUCGCGCUGGGAAUAUCUGAAGAAGCGAGAGGAGGAGAAACUGGAAGACCUGGAGGCAGAGAUCAUCGACGAGGAGUACCUUUUCACCACAGACGAGAUGACGGAGAGAGAGAGGAAAGAGCUGGACUACAAACGUACGCUGCGCGACUUGGCCAAAGAUUACAAAAAGGCAGGCGCCAAGGAGCUGGAGGAGAGGAAGAACAGGUACUACAUGCCGGAGGAGAACAGAAGAAAGGAGGUUCCCCAGAAGGAGGAGCUGGAGCUGGAGGAAGUGCCCAUGGAACUGGGAGGAGAGCAGGGCCGCUGGGAGGAGGAGAGGCUGAAGACGGCCUCGCUCAGCUUCGGGGCCAAGAAGGAGCGAGAGCAAGGGAUGAGGCGGCAGCAGGAGAAGUACCAGCUGAUCCUGGAGGAGGCGGAGAUGAUUGACUUUGUCAGCACCGCCAUCACCAUGAAGGGAACGCUAACAGAGAAGGAAGGCGAGGCUCCGGCGCUGUCCCAGGCUGAGCUGAAGAAACAGUCCAUGCAGGAGGUCCGCCGCAGCCUCCCCAUCUUCCCCUACAGAGAGGACCUUCUCGCAGCCAUCCACGAGCACCAGAUCCUGGUCAUCGAGGGAGAGACGGGCUCCGGGAAGACCACCCAGAUACCUCAGUACCUCCUGGAGGACGGUUUCACGAAAGGUGGCAUGAAGAUCGGAUGCACGCAGCCUCGGAGAGUAGCUGCAAUGUCAGUGGCAGCCCGAGUGGCGCAGGAAAUGAGCGUCAAGCUCGGAAACGAGGUGGGCUACAGUAUUCGCUUUGAGGACUGCACGUCUGAGAGGACUGUGAUCAAGUACAUGACUGAUGGCAUGCUGCUGCGAGAGUUUCUCACCGAACCCGACCUUGCCAGCUAUAGCGUCAUCAUCAUCGACGAGGCCCACGAGAGGACCCUUCACACGGACAUCCUGUUCGGUCUGAUCAAAGACAUCGCCAGGUUCAGACCCGACCUGAAGGUGCUGGUGGCCAGCGCCACGCUGGACACAGAGCGCUUCUCUACUUUCUUUGAUGACGCCCCCGUCUUCAGGAUCCCUGGCAGGAGGUUCCCCGUGGACAUCUUUUACACUAAAGCUCCAGAGGCGGACUACAUGGAGGCGUGCGUUGUGUCCGUGCUGCAGAUCCACGUCACACAACCCGCUGGAGACAUUCUGGUCUUCCUCACGGGACAGGAGGAUAUUGAGACGUGCUGCGAGCACCUUCAGGACCGGUGUCGGCGGCUGGGCUCGAAGAUCGCUGAGCUGCUUGUCCUGCCGAUCUAUGCCAACCUGCCCUCAGACAUGCAGGCCAAAAUCUUCAGCCCUACUCCGCCUGGUGCCCGUAAAGUGGUUGUGGCGACCAACAUAGCAGAAACCUCGCUGACCAUCGACGGCAUCAUCUACGUCAUCGACCCCGGCUUCUGCAAACAGAAGAACUACGUCGCCCGGACCGGCAUGGAAUCCCUCAUUGUCAUGCCCUGCUCUCGGGCCUCGGCCAACCAGAGAGCAGGCCGCGCAGGCAGAGUGGCUGCCGGGAAAUGUUUCAGGCUCUACACAGCGUGGGCCUUUAAGCACGAGAUGGAGGAGAUGACCGUGCCAGAGAUUCAGAGGACCAACCUGGGAAACGUAGUCCUGCUGCUCAAGAGUUUAGGCAUUAAUGACCUCCUCCACUUUGACUUCAUGGACCCGCCUCCUCACGAGACCCUGCUGAUGGCGCUGGAGCAGCUCUACGCCCUCGGAGCACUCAACCACCUUGGAGAGCUCACUACGCUGGGUCGCAGGAUGGCCGAGCUGCCCGUGGACCCCAUGCUGAGCAAGAUGAUCCUCGCCUCUGAGCAGUACAAGUGCUCGGAGGAGGUGCUGUCCAUAGCGGCCAUGCUCUCCGUCAACAACUCCAUUUUCUACCGACCCAAAGACAAGGCGGUGCACGCUGACAACGCCAGGAUGAACUUUGUGGUGCCCGGCGGAGACCACCUGGUGCUGCUCAAUGUCUACACACAGUGGGUGGAGAGCGGCUACUCCACGCAGUGGUGCUAUGAGAAUUUCAUCCAGUUUCGCUCCAUGAGGCGAGCCCGGGACGUCAGGGACCAGCUGGAAGGCCUGAUGGAGCGCAUCGAAGUGGAGAUGGUCAGCUCGCCGGGAGACAGCAUGCCCAUACGCAAGGCGGUGACAGCGGGGUACUUCUACCACACGGCGCGGCUCAGCAAAGGCGGCUACAAGACGGUGAAGCACCAGCAGACGGUCUACAUCCACCCCAGCAGCUCACUGUUUGAGGAGCAGCCCCGCUGGCUCAUCUACCACGAGCUGGUCAUGACCACCAAGGAGUUCAUGAGACAGGUGGUGGAGAUCGAGAGUGCCUGGCUGCUGGAAGUGGCUCCUCACUACUACAAGAGCAAAGAGGUGGAGGACAGCAGCAGCAAGAAGAUGCCCCGCAAGCAGGGCAAGGCCAAGGAGGAGCUGGGCUGAAGCCUAGUGGCAGCAA